AUGUCCAACCCGGCGAAUGGUGCUCGUGGCAGGCUAUCUAAACGCAGAGAUACAAGGUCAGAUCAAGAGAGGGAUCAGGAACCCGGCUCCUCCAACAACUGUGGUCUCAGCCGCCGCAGUACCGAAGGGUCUCAAUCCCCAGCUGAAGUACUAGCUUCCUCCAAUCGGGCCCUACAACGCCUUGCAGGCAUUGCGCAGUACCUGGAGUCCUCAUUCACACCAGACAUAGAUGUGGUUGAAGGGGCUUAUGGGACGGAGAUGGAGAAGGAUAACAAAAUCAGAAUACUGAACGAGACAGUGGAGACAUUGACUCAUAUCAAGAGCGAAGAAAUGGAAAAUCUCCGACACGAAAACGAGGAACUCAAAUCUGAGCAAGAAGCUUGUGACCAGGAAAGGAAGAGAUGCCAAGAGAUGAAAGAGGAGCUGGAAACUCGGUAUACCGAAGCAGAGGCACGUAGAGAGGAAGAGAACAAACGGAAAAUGCAGGAGGAGAAAGCCAAACUUCACAAGCACGUGAAGACGAAGAAAGCCGAAUUCGAAGAAGAACAAAAACAGAAAGUCCGAGAAUUGAAGGACCAAAAAGAUAAUUUGUCAGCAAAGAAUAGAGAGCUGGAACAACGAUCCUCAGCGGCCGAAGAGAAGCUGAAGACGAAGAAGACAAAACAUGCUCUAUUGGAAAAUGCCCUAGGCGAGGGAAACAAGAAGCUGACUACGGAGCUGAAGCAAUUGAAGGCCGAAUUCCCUAUCGAGGGACAAACGAUCGAGUUUUAUUCCAAUGAAUUUCGGCAAAUAUGUGAUUCCAUCAAAGCCAUAUCGUUAAAAUACUUCCAGAAGCUACCAGAAGAAGCCAUGAAGUACCCCGACGCUGUUCAUUCAGAGUUAUGCAAGUUGAGUCCCGUCUUUGGCCCAACGCCGAUCUGGCGGACACCAAUUUCGGAGUUCCUCAGGUUGAGAAAUGUUCAACAUAUCAUCUCCAUCUGCCUGUGCGAUUUCAUAUGGCAGCCAUUCUUUCCGCCAGAUCGCCUACCGAACCAUCAAGGAGUGAGCCAGUUCUUGGAAGCAGUGUCCGAGUCACUCUCCGCCGCGGGUGGACGAAGUGAGAGUGUAUGGAGAGUCUUGACCCUACGCGGUAUCGACGCUCUUGGUGGCGGACCCAUCACCGAAUCAAGUCAAGUAAAGUCCACGGUGCAACGAGUGCUCGAGAUCCUCCGACCGUUGACUACACCAUCUGAGUCGGCAGACCUCAAGGAGGCUUUGAUCAGCAUUGCCUCAAAGUCGGUCACGCUAUGGGAAAGCGCUCGGAAGGACGAGGCCAGACUUGUCGUCCUCAAGCAGCCCGAUUCCAGCGACGAGAACAAAUGGCAAGCGGAGGACAUGUGCGGUUUGGAGGAGCUCUCGAUGCCGCCCGAUGGAAAGAUUGACACCACGGGUCUCGACCCGCUUUGUCUCUUCCCGAGUCUUCUCAAUAUCAACUCGCGCGGUGAAACCGUGGUCCUCCACCGAGGCAGCGCACUCUUUCCGACCGCUCGCGUGUGGAUUCAAGGGAUGUUGGGGAAGGCUAGGCAUGAGGAGGAGCUGGCGAAAGCGCUCAUGGAGGCGCGCUCCAAGGUGAACGCUCGACGGAUUUCGUUUUCAGUGGGCCCGAACAGUCCUACGGGAGGAAAGUUGGACACAAAGCCUGUCCCCGACGGCAAUUAA